CAGAGGAUCAAGAGGGGAAGGGGGAGGCUGGGGGCAGCUCUGCUCCAGAGUCGGGGCCACAGAAGGCAGGACUCGGGGAGACUCCACCAUGGCCUGGGUCCCUCUGCUCCUCACCCUCCUGGCUCAGUGCACAGGGUCCUGGGCCCAGUCUGUGCUGACUCAGCCGCCCUCAGUGUCGGGGUCCCCGGGCCAGAGGGUCUCCAUCCCCUGCUCCAACAUCCCUGGCAUUUUGGUGCAGUGGUACCAGCAGUUCACAGGAUCGGCCCCCAGACUCCUCAUCUAUGAUAAUAAUAACAGAGCCUCGGGGGUCCCGGACCGAUUCUCUGGCUCCAAGUCUGGCAGCUCCGGCUCCCUGACCAUCACUGGGCUGCAGGCUGAGGACGAGGCCGACUAUUACUGCUCAUCAUGGGACGGCAGCUUUGAAGGUUCUCUGAUUUUUGGAGGUGGGACCCGGUUGACUGUCCUUGGUCACCCCAAGGCCGCGCCCUCGGUCACCCUCUUCCCGCCCUCCUCCGAGGAGCUCAGCGCCAACAAGGCCACAGUGGUGUGUCUCAUCAGUGACUUCUACCCCGGCGCCGUGACGGUGGCCUGGAAGGCAGACGGCGCCCCCGUCACCCAGGGCGUGGAGACCACCAAGCCCUCCAAACAGAGGAACAACAAGUACGUGGCCAGCAGCUACCUGAGGCUCUCCCCCAACGCGUGGAAGUCUCACAGCAGCGUCAGCUGCCAGGUCACGCACGAAGGGAGCACCGUGGAGAGGACGCUGGCCCCCAGGGAGUGCUCUUAGGCCCCGAGCCCCCGCCCCUGGGCGCCUGGACACACAGGCCUCCGGGGAGGGUCCCCCUCCCCCCUCGCUCCCACCCCCCGGCCCUCUCCCUGCUCCUCAUCAACUCGCAAUAAAGGGUCCUCCCUGCCCAUCAGGAAUCA